UCGGUCAGUGGUCCUCAGUGGAGGCUAGCGAUCGGACACACAGGAAGACACUAAUUCUAGUCAGUCAGUAGUCGGCAGUCAUUCCGUAAAGCCGUCAGUCUUGGACCCAACUAGUCAUAAAACUGUCGUUGGUUUACCACCGGCCCUAUCGACGGCGUUGGUUUUGCCAUAGUUGUGCAGAUAGUCGACCAGUGCCCACCGCCCCACCCGUUCACCAGCUGCUCUGCUCUGCCGAAGGAUCCCUCCAAGGCGACUGGGAUGACAGCGUUGCAUUGUCUGCUGCUCUGCUUCCCGAUGCUAUUCGUCAGCGUCGCUGGCACGCUCGACUUCUCGCAGCCGUUUCUGUCCAACCCGCACGUGCAGAGGUACCGCCGCCAGCAGUUGUGGCCGCAGAGUCCGCGCAACCUGUACCACCUGCGUCAGCUGUACCAGGACGCCGAGACGCGCUGUACGCUGCGACUGUGGCGCCUCAGCCGGCGCGGCGAGCUGGACUGUGAGAAGGAUGAAGAUUGUACGAAGGAGUAUGGUAGCGACGUCUACUGCCGCGAACUGCAGGUGUGCAAGCUCACCAAGGGGAACGUCUGCUGGUUGAAGCAGCCGGACGGUAUCGAAUGCAGCGGCGACUCAGCCUGUCUGUCGGGCCACUGUGACUCAGACCUGGGCAUCUGUACACACCGUCCGUACCACGUCUCGGAAGGGGAUACCACACCCGGCGGCACGGAAUACACGACAGAUGCUGCUGGCUACGGCGGCGGCGGUCGGUACUACACGUAACAGAGCUGGGCGGUAGAUGGCAGAAGUGACUGGUCCCAUGUACUGUGGUCGAUUAAUCGAUGAUUCAUCAUAAUAUGUAUAAUCCAUAUCAUAGCGUCGUUGAGUCACCCUGUUGAUUUCUUGGUACCUUGUCAAUCGUUGCACCAGAAAUGUCCUGUUAAUAAUUGUGAUGCUUGCUUUUUUAAUACAUAUACAAGACCAAAAUAAAACUAA